AAAACAAAGACAAAAACUUCAAGAAUUCAUAAUUCAUACCAAUAUUUCUCAUUAUGAGAGCACUAAUAGUGAUAGUUGUGCUCAACAUUUCACUAAUCACUGCAUAUAAUGAAUACUCUAAUAAUGUGACCACUGCCGAUUUGAAAGAACUACGAAAACUACUGUUUGUGUCCCGAGAUUACGACCGAUUCGCUCGACCCAUACCUAAGAAUGAUAUAUUCCGAGUGUCUAUUGAUUACAAUCUCAUUCAUAUCACUAAUUUUGAUAUAAGGAGUCAAAUACUGACCGCCGAGGGCUGGCUAUUCUCAUCGUGGCACGACGGGAGCCUCGCGUGGGACACAACAGCGCUUCGACAUAUUCCUAAUAUAAGGAUACCAUCGACUCAGUUAUAUUUACCCGAUUUAAUGAGCUAUAAUAGCGUCGAUUACGGCAGUCCCAGGAUUAUCAACACCAAUGCCAUUGUCUAUAGAAAUGGUAAUGUCUUAUGGGUGCCACCCAUGACUCUAAAGGCCAUGUGUCGGGUGAACCUCAAGAGAUGGCCAUACGAUGAACACAUUUGUUUCAUAAAGUUUGGUUCGUGGACUCACGACGGAUACAUUAUGGAUGUAUUCCCUAUGAAUCGGACAAAUCCGGGUCUUUUGAACGAUAUCUGGAAGAAUACCGAGUUUGACAUCAGUUACAUAAACGUGACGCGAGACGUGAAAUUUUACGACUGCUGUAAAGAGCCGUACCCUUCCAUCAGCUUCUUCUUCCGAGUCCAACGCCGGCCCUCUCUUUAUCACUACAUUAUCUCAAUGCCAGCCUUU